AUGCCUAUCGGAGUAGUCAUGUCACCGCCAGAUUCCACUCAGAACUCUGAUGAAGAGGACAAUGGUUCAAGAGGGAGGAAGUUGGAAAAUUUGGAGGAGUUACAAGCUGCUAUUAGAGUCAUCGAGCAACACCGAGAGAGUUCACCUAACCGGGCGUCAUCAGAGAUUGAGAGACUGACCCAAGCUAUAUCACUUCUACCCAUCAACAAAGACACAAAGGAAACAAAGGAUAAGCCAACGUCGGAGCACAUUGAAAAGACCCAACCUCCUCGAAAGCUUCAACAUCAAAGAUCGAGCACGGAAACAGUUUUCCUCGAUCUAAGAAGCAACCAGAACAACCAGUCGGCACCGGAGACCCCUACAACUGGCUCUGAUGAUGAGUUGAGUGAUGAAGAAGCCGAGAUGGCCAGAAGGAAGCCUCAGAUGCUUAGGAAGAAGUCAGGAGAACUUGUUCGACCAGCUCUCCGUCCAUCCUCUGCGAAGAGGCGCCCAUCAUCCAUGCCGGGUACUCCUACAUUCUCCAAGGCGGUUCAUUUCGAUUCACACCUCGAACAUGUGCGCCACUUCCUUCAAGUCGAUCGACCUCUCGCCGUCAGUGCUGGUUCUUCUCCGGUUGAAUCAUACGAAAGUGACUCGGAAUUCCCAUUCGGUCAUGAUGAUGACUCCAACAACAGAGGACCACCUUUUGAAUGGGAAAUCAUCAUCUCCAACUUUCCACCCAUGACUGCCUACCGAGCAGCGAUGCCCAUUCGUGUAGAGAGGGUUUUCCUAUCGGCAGACAACAAGAACUUGAUCGGAACUGUUGCUGUGACCAACUUGGCAUUCAACAAGUUAGUCGUUGCAAGAUUUACCUUGGAUUACUGGAAGACCACAUCGGAAGUCGUUGCUGAAUACAACAAUGAUAUCCGUCAACCGAAACAUUCUGAUGGAUGUGAUCGUUUUAACUUCAACAUCAAGCUUGCCGACCAAGCUAACCUUGAAGCAAAGACGAUGUUCUUCUGUGUCAAGUACUGUGUCAACGGUGUGGAAUACUGGGAUAAUAACAACUCCACCAACUUCCAGAUUGAUUUCCGAAAGAAGGCCAAGUUGCAAAAUGGAAAGAAGAGCUCACCAGCAGCAUCAAGAUCAGCCAACUCACUACCGAGAAGUAACAAAAGGUCACCACCGGCUGCUCCAAUCAAGAAGUCGACUGCUUUUGACGACUUCUCUAAUGACUUUGAUUCCAAGUAUCUGAACUCCAACUUCAAACUGCCGGUCGCAGAUUACCUUGGAGACUCCAAUACUGUAAGAUUGAAGGGAGUCAAAUCUGCUGUCACCUUGGCAUCUGACAACCGCAGCCGACGUGCAACAAUCAACACGAACACUGCAGGUGGUCAAGCCUUUGGUCACAGAUAUGACUUUGGUGCUUCUCUUAAUGCUGCUAUUAGUGCGGCUAACUCUUCCCUGGGUGAAAAGAGUGGUAUCACCAUGAAGUCAAAGAGACCUGCACCAAUUAGUGAAACGAGAAAGUUUAUCAACCAUGAUGAACAAGUAUCACCACUUUCAAUGUCAGCUCCAAAGACUUUUGACCACUCCACUCCAUCCAAGACUUUACCUUCGGCGGGUACAAGCACAAGUGGAACAGAUUCACCAAGACCCGUUGGUACUGAGAAGCCUGUACUGGCGUCACAAUCAUACAAUGAACUUCUCGACAAGUAUUGCUUCUUUGGGUCAGUGAAGAACUCGCCACAAUUAAAAGAUGGUACUGCGAGAUCUGGUCAAUAUGAUGGAAAUAAUGAUGAUGGUUACCUUUUUGGUUCCGUCGAUUCAACGGCUAGCAAUUCACCAAUCACAAUGCCACACAUGAAUCAUCGAUCUUCCUCUCAUGGGGCAAGCCCUGAAGGUACUCGUUCCACAUCGCCCGCUCCUAUGACAGGCUUUGUUUCGGGUACGUCUCCGAUGUAUCCUUACCACAUGCAUGGUGGUUUUCCGUUCAACGACACUCAUGCAGCAACAGCAAUUCGAGGUUGA